AGAGGAUCUGAAGCAUUUCGUGGUCGUAAACAGUUUCUCAUUUGGAGCAACCAAGAGCGGCUUUUCCAAGAGCCAUGCAGGUGUCGUUUGCAUGCACGGACCAUGGUCUGAAGGCUCCACGCAAUGGGGGGGAGCACAGCAAGCAGAACACCACCAGCCCCAACACAACCAGUCAUGCCCGCGCUCGAUUCCGCACAGUGGCCCUGAUUGCUCGCAGCCUGGGUUCCUUCACUCACCGCUAUCACCACAACCUCAAGGAGUCCACCGCCAAGCUGACCGGCAUGAAGUACCGGAACCUGGGGAAAUCUGGGUUACGUGUCUCCUGCCUGGGGCUCGGAACAUGGGUAACAUUUGGAGGACAAAUAUCUGAUGAGGUGGCAGAGCAGCUGAUGACCAUCGCCUACGAGAGCGGGGUCAACCUGUUCGAUACGGCUGAGGUCUACUCUGGGGGGAAAGCGGAGAUAAUCCUGGGAAACAUCAUCAAGAAAAAGUGCUGGAGGAGAUCCAGUCUGGUGAUCACCACAAAGCUCUACUGGGGAGGAAAAGCAGAAACGGAGCGAGGCCUUAACAGAAAACACAUCAUUGAAGGUUUAAAGGGUUCCCUCCAAAGGAUGCAGCUGGAGUAUGUGGACGUGGUCUUUGCCAAUCGGACAGACAGCAACACUCCCAUGGAGGUCCACUAG